AUGGAUGAGCCGACUAAGGAGCUAGUGCUACAUUUGAUGGAGGAAGAUGCCAGAGGCGCCCUUGGACUCAUGAAGGGCAAAGGGAGCGCGGAUCAAGUAACUGACCAUGAACUGACACUCACUGAAUGGGCUCGAGAGCUCCGUCAUUAUGCAUGCACGUUUGAAGACUACAGAAUGGCGAAGAGCCUAGCUAGAGCUGUUUUCGAUGAUGGUGAUGCUCUCGUAGCUGCAACGGAAGAAGAAAACAGAGCCUUUGGGGAUCGAAUGACCGCACUGCAACUGGGAGGUCUCAGCAAAUCAACUCCUGAUCAGCUACUGGGGCAGAAUAAGGCUGCGAUGGCUGGCCUAACUGGUCUGGUGGGAGGUUUUACUACAGUGUCGAAGCAAUCGAGACCUACAGAUGCAACCGAAGUUCGAAGUUCAGGCUUCCCAGGGGCUGAAAGCUCGAAAGUUGCUGCUGCCCGGAAAUUUGACAGUCAGAGACACCUCAAAUGUGUAGCCUGUAUGGAAGCCAGGCCAUUCUUUGACAUGUUUAGGGCAAUCUGUUCCCAUUACUACUGCAGGAGCUGUACCGGCCGCCUGGUGCACGACUCUCUUGUUGACGAGUCCCUUUUCCCACCCAAGUGCUGUCGUUUGCCAUUCCCUUUAUCUACAAUACAAACACUUCUGGAUGAGGAAAUGAUUCAAAAAUUCGAGGAGAAGACAGCGGAGCACAAUGACUCCAAUAGAACUUACUGUGCUAGUCCUUCGUGUUCGCGAUACCUCCCCCCUGCCCCGGUGGCCCUUAGCACCAGAACCUGCCCUUCUUGCAACACAGAAACAUGCUCUACAUGCAAGCAGCGAGCUCAUGCUGGCCUAUGUGUCGAGGGGCAAGCGGAAAUUCUGAAUAUGGCAAAAAGAGAAGGAUGGCAGCGCUGCGCGAGAUGUCGGAACAUCGUGGAGCUAAAGAGUGGCUGCAAUCACAUCACAUGCCGUUGUGGGUUCGAAUUUUGCUACGCCUGUGCCUCGAAGUGGAAGACAUGUAGAUGCGAAGUGUGGGACGAAGACAGACUAUUCGACAGAGCAAACCAAGUCGCCGCUCGGAAUGAUGAGAACCCUCGGCCUGCACAACAAGAGGUUCAGAGGGCAGCACAGGAACUUCGUGAGCAGCACAACUAUCCCCGUGUUCCCUCUACCAGCAUCACAUUAAGCACAUAUCUCACACCAGCUGUCUCGAUGAGUUCGGGGUCGCAGUCUCGUAUUUUUGAGUGGUUGGCAAUGAUUGAAGACGAGCCUGUGCCAUCCGACACCCCUAGAUGGUCGUACCCAUGCCGCAAUUUCCCCAAAGUUCAAGAUUUUUAUGUGAGAGAGAGCGAUGCUAGCUUACAACACCUUGGCCCCUCAUGCCAACAAGUCGCACAUGUACCGCGAGUCCAGGAACAAGCACUGGAGACGUAUAGGAAACAACACUGCCCUGGGUCAGUAGGUUCUGUGUCGUGUCUCAUGUCUUCCCAGAAAGUUGCCAGCAAGGGGAAGGAAGAACGAUCUAGGUAUGAGCGCCAACCACGCCACAAGACAAAAGACGAUCAUUAUGAGUACAAGGGCAAGAUGUCUCAUGAGAAAGGUGGCAGGGUGACAAAGACUAAGAGAAGAAGAUCCACCAAGAGGAAUAGAAAGCACACCGUGAAUGAUAAUUUUCACGCCUCUAAUGUGGCUCGGGAUCGAUUAACCCUUCAAUCUAAUAUGAACCUAGGUCUGUUUCAGAUGGGUAGGACAUCAUCACCGGUCAAGGUUCAGGGGCCUGACCUCAGCUUUUCGGAAAUGAAGUUUCUUUCCAAUAAAGCACGAAAAGAGCGUGAAGCAGCAUGUAUUUAUCGAGAUAAGGAAAAAAAGGGAAGCGUAUAUUGGGAUUCACCAAAUCAAAACCCAAGAGCUUGUUCGUCAUUAUUGAAUACUGUCGAUGAACAGGCACAUCAUCAGGAGAGAUAUGCGUUUCCUCAUGAAACAUCAGUAUAUGAACAUGGCCAGAGGAGCACCAUGCUUCAGGCUCACAAAGACGGAAACGCUCAGCACCAAAAAAAGGGAAGCGAGGCUAUAUCUAAGACCGCCACAAUGUAUACAUGGCCUGAGAGUGUGCGUGAAUAUUCUGCAUUGGAUGGUGCAUACGAGAAGUGCACGGAACAGUUUCUCAGUGUCGACUUGGACGUCCAAGAUAAUAAUGAAGCGAUAGCAACAGUCAAAUCUACAAGAAAUUCCUGGAGCUUGGAAGAGGUGAAAUGCCUCCCUGAUCAGAGAAAACAGCUUUGGGAUUCAGAUGCCCAUAGCCCUGCUGUGCCGACAAACGCAAGCUUUCACUGGAGAUCCCAAGAACGCAAGCGACCUCAGUCUGUCGGAGAGGGGGAGCCUGCUCAGACCCCGACGAUGGUCAAAGAGUAUAAUAGCAAAGACAACACAGACAGUUAUGGAGCCAUUAGCAUUCCUGCCACGAAUCAUCCUGAUCCGGCAUCUGAGCCACCUGCACUUCUUAGAAGUAGUGGAGAUACAGACGGUGUGUCAAUGCACAUGUCGCAUAGGCAGCCUGCACCGGCAUCACCACAAGCCAUCGACCAGGCAGACAUCAUUGAGCCACCUACGAGCGACUUUACACUUUAUCCCGGUACGUCGAGCUUCGUUAGCUCCUCGCUACAUAUCCAAAAACCGACGUCUGUGAUGCAGUCCCACGACUCCCACGGAUUACAAGAAGCAAAAGCAUCUAUGGCAUCUGCAAUGAUUUCAGAUUAUGACAAGUCGGCGGCACAGUUUGCAAAUAAGGCAGCACCCUUGCCUGGAGGGGAUUGUGCCUUGAUAGAACAGACUCUAAGUGCGGCAUACGAUGUGAUUAUGCACCCAGAGCAGGACCCCUUGUAUAAAUUUCCUAGGCACCGAACGGUAGACAAACCAGUAAGGGACGCUUCCUCUGGCGUAGGCGGCAAUGGAAGCAUAUUUCAGGUACCGGAAGAUUUCCAUGGCUUGCCAGAUGAUUUAGCGCCAUACUGGUGCCCUGGGAUUGCGUCAGAAACAGGGAUUUUCUCGCAUGGUUCAUAUGAUUCUGCCCAGCCAAAGCGUUGCCCGGGAGUCUCCCAGCCAAAUCAUGCAGUCUAUCUGCAGUGUUUCACCGGACAAUUCCUGGAUGCUAGAUAUUCUGCAGGAGAAACCCAAAACGAGAGAAUGGCAGGGGCGGAGUCUAGACCGACCGCAGCCAUGGUCUCGGGUCUGCAGGAAGACCUUUUGGGUGGGCUUAAAGGGUUUUGGCGACAGCAGAAGUUGUAUUAG